AUGGCAAUUCCAACUAGACGAAUGGGUAAGAAUGGCCCUCAGGUGCCCGCUAUCGGGUUCGGCACAAUGGGCCUUAGCGCUUUCUACGGUGCCGUGAAAUCUGAUGAAGAGCGUUUCGAGGUUUUGGACCACGCUCUUAAGAUUGGUGCAACAAACUGGGACACUGCCGAUGUAUACCGUGACUCCGAGGAAUUGCUUGGAAAGUGGUUCAAGCGUACCGGAAAAAGAGAUGAGAUCUUUUUGGCAACAAAGUUCGCGUUUUCUGGCGGCAUUGAGGGUGUUCGAGGCGAUCCAGAAUUUGUUAAGGAGCGUUGCGAAAGUUCUUUGAAGAGACUUGGUGUCGAGACAAUUGAUCUUCUCUAUGUUCAUCGUGUGGAUCCAAAAGUUCCCAUUGAAGUGACAAUUAGAGCAAUGGCCGAGCUUGUUAAAGAAGGGAAAGUCGGACAGAUUGGUAUUUCCGAAUGCAGUGCCGAUACGCUGCGCAGAGCUUAUGCUGUUCAUCCAAUUGCUGCGGUUCAGGUUGAAUAUUCGCCUUUUUUCCUUGACGCACAGAGCGAAGAAGUUGGUCUUUUGCAAGCCUGCCGCGAGUUGGGCGUCACUGUGGUUGCCUAUAGCCCUCUGGGGCGGGGGAUUUUGACUGGAGCUUAUAGAAGCUUCGAUGACCUUGAAGAUGAUGAUUUCAGAAAACAGAUUCCUCGUUUCUCUCCAGAGAACUUUCCAAAGAUUUUGGAACUCGUUGAUAGAAUAACUGAAGUCGGAAAGAAAAAGGGAAUUACCGCUGGGCAGACAACUCUUGCCUGGUUACUUGCGCAGGGUGAUGAUAUCAUUCCUAUUCCUGGAACCACAAAGAUAAAAUACCUGGAAGAGAACAUGGCGGCUGUUCAUGUAACUCUGACCCCAGAAGAAAUAGAAGAGAUUCGUGAUGCGAGCAGGAUCGUAGACAAUCUCCCCGGUGGAAGAUAUCCCGAUGGGAUGAGCCAACAAUUGUUUGCCGAUACUCCGGCAUUAUCGAAGUAA